AUGAUUGUAAGGCUUGAGAGCAGAUUGCCCCUGGAAGUGUCGAGAGCACAGCCUCAUGGUGAAGACACCAACCGCUCUGGUAGCAGUGGACGAGCUGCACGAGCUGCACUCUGCAGACAAUCACCCGACCAAGACACCACCCAAGUUUCAGAAGUCCACUGUACCACCAAGACACAUCAUGAGUGUCAGAAGGGUCACCGUACCACCAAGACAGAACCCAAGUGUCAGAAGGGUCACGCUACCACCAAGACAGAGCCCAAGUGUCAGAAGGGUCACCGUACCACCAAGUCAGAACCCAAGUGUCAGAAGGGCCACCCUACCACCAAGACACAUCAUGAGUGUCAGAAGGGUCACCGUACCACCAAGACACAACCCAAGUGUCAGAAGGGUCACCGUACCACCAAGACAGAACCCAAGUGUCAGAAGGGUCACGCUACCACCAAGACAGAGCCCAAGUGUCAGAAGGGUCACCGUACCACCAAGUCAGAACCCAAGUGUCAGAAGGGCCACCCUACCACCAAGACACAUCAUGAGUGUCAGAAGGGUCACCGUACCACCAAGACACAACCCAAGUGUCAGAAGGGUCACAGUACCACCAAGACACCACCGGAGCGUCAGAAGGGUCACCGUACCACCAAAACAGUACCCAAGUGUCAGAAUGGUCACCGUACCACCAAGACAGUACCCAAGUGUCAGAAGAGUCACUGUACCACCAAGACACCACCGGAGUAUCAGAAGGGUCACCGUACCACCAAGACACCACCGGAGUAUCAGAAGGGUCACCGUACCACCAAGACACCACCGGAGUAUCAGAAGGGUCACCGUACCACCAAGACACCACCGGAGUAUCAGAAGGGUCACCGUACCACCAAGACACCACCGGAGUAUCAGAAGGGUCACCGUACCACCAAGACACGACCAGAGUAUCAGAAGGGUCACCGUUCCACCAAGACACGACCAGAGUAUCAGAAGGGUCACCGUACCACCAAGACACCACCGGAGUAUCAGAAGGGUCACCGUACCACCAAGACACCACCGGAGUAUCAGAAGGGUCAGUGUACCACCAAGACAUCACCCAAGUGUCAAAAGGGUCUUCCUACCACCGAGACACCUCCCAAGUGUCGGAAGAGUCACUGUACCACCAAACACAACCCAAGUGUCAAAAGAGUCACUGUACCACCAAGACACCACCCAAGUGUCAGAAGGACACCACCCAAGUGUCAGAAGGGUCACUGUACCACCAAGACACCACCCAAGUGUCAAAAGGGUCACCGUACCACCAAGACACCACCCAAGUGUCAAAAGGGUCACUGUACCACCAAGACACCACCCAAGUGUCAGAAGAGUCACUCUACCACCGAGACACCUCCCAAGUGUCAGAAGAGUCACUGUACCACCAAGACACCACCCAAGUGUCAGAAGGGUCACCGUACCACCAAGACACCACCCAAGUGUCGGAAGAGUCACUGUACCACCAAGACACCACCCAAGUGUCGGAAGAGUCACUGUACCACCAAGACACCACCCAAGUGUCAAAAGGGUCUUCCUACCACCAAGACACCACCCAAGUGUCAGAAGGGUCACCGUACCACCAAGACACCACCCAAGUGUCAGAAGGGUCACCGUACCACCAAGACACCACCCAAGUGUCAGAAGGGUCACCAAACCACCAAGAUACCACCCAAGUGUCAGAAGGGUCACCGUACCACCAAGACAUCUCCCAAGUAUCAGAAGAGUCACUGUACCACCAAGACACCACCCAAGUGUCAGAAGGGUCACCGUACCACCGAGACACCUCCCAAGUGUCAGAAGGGUCACCGUACCACCAAGACAUCUCCCAAGUAUCAGAAGAGUCACUGUACCACCAAGACACCAGCCAAGUGUCAGAAGGGUCUUCCUACCACCAAGACACCACCCAAGUGUCAGAAGGGUCACCAUACCACCAAGACAUCUCCCAAGUAUCAGAAGGGUCACCGUACCACCAAGACACCACCCAAGUGUCAGAAGAGUCACUGUACCACCAAGACACCACCCAAGUGUCAGAAGGGUCACUGUACCACCAAGACACCACCCAAGUGUCAGAAGAGUCACAGUACCACCAAGACACCACCCAAGUGUCAGAAGGGUCACUGUACCACCAAGACACCACCCAAGUAUCAGAAGAGUCACUGUACCACCAAGACACCACCCAAGUGUCAGAAGGGUCACUGUACCACCAAGACACAACCUGAGUGUCAAAAGGGUCUUCCUACCACCAAGACACCUCCCAAGUGUCAGAAGGGUCACAGUACCACCGAGACACAACCUGAGGUUCAGAAGGGUCACAGUACCACCAAGACACCACCCAAGUGUCAGAAGGGUCACCGUACCACCAAGACAGAACCCAAGUAUCAAAAGGGUCUUCCUACCACCGAGACACCUCCCAAGUGUCAGAAGAGUCACUGUACCACCAAGACACCACCCAAGUGUCAGAAGGGUCACAGCACCACCAAGACAGAACCCAAGUGUCAGAAGGGUCACAGCACCACCAAGACAGAACCCAAGUGUCAGAAGGGUCACAGUACCACCAAGACACCACCCAAGUGUCAGAAGGGUCACCGUACCACCAAGACAGAACCCAAGUAUCAAAAGGGUCUUUCUACCACCGAGACACCUCCCAAGUGUCAGAAGAGUCACUGUACCACCAAGACACCACCCAAGUGUCAGAAGGGUCACAGCACCACCAAGACAGAACCCAAGUGUCAGAAGGGUCACAGCACCACCAAGACACCACCCAAGUAUCAGAAGAGUCACAGUACCACCAAGACACCACCCAAGUGUCAGAAGGGUCACUGUACCACCAAGACACAACCUGAGUGUCAAAAGGGUCUUCCUACCACCAAGACACCUCCCAAGUGUCAGAAGGGUCACAGUACCACCGAGACACAACCUGAGGUUCAGAAGGGUCACAGUACCACCAAGACACCACCCAAGUGUCAGAAGGGUCACCGUACCACCAAGACAGAACCCAAGUAUCAAAAGGGUCUUCCUACCACCGAGACACCUCCCAAGUGUCAGAAGAGUCACUGUACCACCAAGACACCACCCAAGUGUCAGAAGGGUCACAGCACCACCAAGACAGAACCCAAGUGUCAGAAGGGUCACAGCACCACCAAGACACCACCCAAGUGUCAGAAGAGUCACCGUACCACCAAGACACCACCCAAGUGUCAGAAGGGUCCCCAGAAGGCCCAUCAGGCAGACAGGGCCCGACAGCAGGUGGUGAUUACCAUUCAUCAAUAA